AUGAAGACAGGCGCUCAAAUCCGCCUGCUACUGUGGAAAAACUGGACUCUCCGCAAGAGACAGAAGGUCCGCUUUCUGGUUGAGAUCUGCUGGCCGGUGUUGUUAUUUAUCGGUCUGGUAUGGCUGAGGAAGGCCAAUCCACUUUACCAACAACAUGAAUGUCAUUUCCCCAACAAAGCCAUGCCUUCAGCAGGGAUUCUGCCCUGGAUCCAGGGAAUCUUCUGCAAUGCCAACAACCCCUGUUUCAGAUAUCCAACCAGAGGAGAGUCUCCAGGUGUCGUCUCCAACUAUAACAACUCAGUUUUGGCACGGUUCUAUGUUGAUGCCCAGGAGCUGCUGCUCAAUGAGACGGAGGUCCAGCAGUUUGGCCGUCUUUGGCGCGAAAUGUCGUCCUUCUCAAACUUCAUGGACACGUUACGCAACAACCCAUUUGUGCUGUCAGGCCGUGGGCUGAAGAUAGAUGAUAUUCUGAAGGAUGACGAGGUUCUCACGGCCUUCCUUUUGCGAGACGAGGGCCUCUCGGAAUCUGUGGUCUACCAGCUCAUCAAUGCUAAAAUACGUCUAGAACAGUUUGCCUAUGGUAUCCCAGACCUGCAGCUGAAAGACAUAGCCUGCAGCCAGGCUCUGCUGGAGCGCUUCAUCAUCUUCCCCAGUCGCAUGGGGCUCCACGGGGUCCGCAACGCCAUGUGUGCCCUCACCCAGCAAAGGCUGCAGAAGAUAGAGGACAUUCUCUAUGCUAAUCUGGACUUCUUCAAAAUCUUCAAACUGAUGCCUCAGGUUAUGGACAGCAGCUCAGAGGGGAUUGACCUGCACUUCUGGGGUCGGGUUCUUAAAGAGGCGUCGGAGAAGAUCCAAGUUCUGAUGGCACGGGAGAGCUCUCAGGAACUCAUGAAGGCGGUUUCCUCUCUGUUUCAACCCGGGGGUCCCUCCUCGUUCACCCUGCUGAUGUCCAGCGUGUCGAACCUCUUCUGUGGGUACCCAGAGGGAGGCGGCUCCAGGGUCCUGUCCUUCAACUGGUAUGAGGACAACAACUACAAGGUGUUCCUGGGGGUCAAUGGCACCAAGAGCCACAACUAUGUCUAUGACGACUCGACGACUCCCUUCUGCAACGCCAUGAUGCAGACCCUGGAGUCCAACCCUGUCACAAAAAUUGUGUGGAAUUCGGUCAAGCCCCUGCUGAUGGGAAAGAUCCUGUAUACCCCCGAAUCCCCUGCGGUCCGCAAGAUAUUAAAGAGUGCCAACACAACAUUCGAGGAGUUAGAGAGGUUGAAGAACAUGGCCAAGGCCUGGGAAGAGUUGGGCCCACAGCUCUGGGCUUUCUUCCACAACAGUGUGCAGAUGAACAUGAUCAGGGACACUCUGAGAAACCCAACAGUGAUGCGCUUCAUGGACGACAGUCUGGGGGGCACUGACUUUACCACGAAGGACAUUCUGAACUUCUUAAACAAUGGUCCAGAAGAAGGAAGGGAGACAGGCAUGCCCAACUUUGACUGGAGGAACAUUUUUAACAUCACCGACCAGAUUAUACGCAUGUUCAACCAGUAUGGAGAGUGCAUCAAUCUGGAUAAGUUUGUGGCUUACACGGAUGAGUCCCAGAUGACCCGUCAGGCCUUGUACCUACUGGAGGAGAACAAGUUUUGGGCCGGCGUGGUCUUCAUGGACAUGUUUCCCUGGACCGCAAGUGUACCCUCGCAUGUCAAGUACAAGAUCCGCAUGGACAUUGACGCCGUGGAGCGCACCAACAAGAUCAAAGACAGGUACUGGGACCCUGGCCCCAGAGCAGACCCAAUGGAGGACCAGAAGUACAUCUGGGGAGGCUUUGCCUAUCUGCAGGACAUGAUUGAACACGGCAUCAUCAAGCUUCACACAGGCAACGACUGGCCGCUCGGGGUCUACGUCCAGCAGAUGCCAUAUCCGUGCUAUGUAGACGACCUCUUCAUGAUCACAUUGAACCGGUGCUUCCCCUUGUUCAUGGUGCUGGCCUGGAUCUACUCUGUGUCCAUGACUGUGAAGGGCAUUGUACUGGAGAAGGAGCUGCGCCUCAAGGAGACCCUCAAAGCCAUGGGGGUCGACAACGGAGUCAUUUGGUACACGUGUUUCAUUGACAGCUUCAUCAUGAUGACUACAAGCACGGCGCUGCUCACCUCCAUCAUCAUGGGCGGAAAGGUGCUGAAUUACAGCAACCCCAUCCUUGUCUUCUUUUUCCUGCUGACUUUUACUGUCGCCACCAUCAUGCAGUGUUUCCUGAUGAGUGUGUUCUUCAACAAGGCCAACCUGGCAGCUGCCUGCAGCGGCAUCAUAUACUUCACCCUCUAUCUGCCGCAUAUCCUCUGCUUUGCCUGGCAGGACCGCAUCACCAGGAACAUGAAGUUGGCUGCUAGCUUGUUGUCUCCAGUAGCCUUUGGCUUUGGGACGGAGUAUCUGUCGCGGUAUGAGGAGCAGGGUUUGGGUCUCCAGUGGGACAACAUCCAGACCAGCCCUUUAGAGAAAGACACCUACUCCUUCCUCACAUCCAUCCUCAUGAUGGUGUUUGAUGCUGUCCUCUACGCCAUCCUGGCCUGGUAUCUGGACAAUGUCUUCCCAGGGCAGUAUGGCAUUGGUCGACCAUUUUACUUCCCAUUCCAGCCCUCAUACUGGCAAAAUCCCGCACCCUCUCAUACAGAAAUGGCUGAUCCAGAUGCUGAGAAACCUGAGCAAGACAAUGUGGCGAAGGAUGCUGAGAGCCAGGGCACACCAGAGACACACACCUGUAAUGGUUCAGCUGACAGGAAAGCCUGUAAGCACCAAAGUAAGAGGGAGCAACUGGAGAGAGAGAGGGAGCUGCUGAGACGACAAGGGGAAACUCCAAACCAGGAGGAGGAGUGUCAGGAGUCAGGGAUGGAAGGUCAGAUGUUCUUUGAGAACGACCCAUUGGGCCUGGUGAUGGGGGUGCAGAUUAAGGACCUGGUGAAGGUGUUUGACAGAAGCACUCGUCCAGCUGUCAACUGUCUCAACAUUAAUUUCUAUGAAAGCCAGAUCACAUCCUUCUUGGGGCACAAUGGGGCUGGAAAAACCACCACUAUGUCAAUCCUGACUGGCCUGUACCCUCCUACAUCUGGCACAGCCUACAUUAAUGGAAGAGACAUUCGGACCGACAUGGACAUCAUCCGCUCCUCGAUGGGGAUGUGCCCGCAGUACAACAUCCUCUUCAAACAUCUCACAGUGGAGGAGCACAUCCUGUUCUACUCACUGCUAAAGGGUCGGACUCAGGAGGAGGCGGAGAGGGAGGUUGAGGACAUGCUGGUGGACCUUGGGCUGCCUCACAAGAGAGACGAUGAGGCUCAGAACCUUUCAGGCGGCAUGCAGAGGAAACUGUCAGUUGCCAUGGCAUUUGUUGGCGGAUCAAAAGUCGUGAUCCUGGACGAACCCACCUCAGGAGUGGACCCCUACUCCAGGAGAUCCAUUUGGGACCUCCUACUAAAAUACAGAGCUGGCCGGACUGUAAUUCUGUCCACUCACCACAUGGACGAGGCCGACCUGCUGAGUGACCGCAUCGCCAUCAUCUCCAAAGGACAACUCCACUGUUGCGGAUCGCCCCUCUUCCUCAAGAACUGCUUUGGAGUUGGUUUCUAUUUGACACUCGUACGCCGAAUGAAGGAUCUGAAGAAGAAGGAGAACGAUUGCGACUGUGCCUCAGACUGCUCCUGUUCCUGCUCCAUCUGUACCAGAUACAAAGAUCAGUCUCAGAACCAGUUCCAGCAUCUAGACAGAGUUCUAGAUGGGGAUAUAGACAGCAUCACUGGUCUCAUCCACCACCACGUCCCUGAAGCCAAGCUGAUCGAGACGAUUGGCCAGGAGAUGACCUAUCUGCUCCCCAAUAAGGGCUUCAAACAUCGAGCGUAUGCCAGCCUGUUUAGGGAGCUGGAGGAGACACUAGCCGACAUGGGCCUCAGCAGCUUCGGCAUCUCUGAUACAUCGCUGGAGGAGAUAUUCAUAAAGGUCACUGCAGAUGGAGAAGCAGCGAAUAAUGCCACCACUCCUGAACCUAAUGGUGUGACGCAGACUAACGGCAUAACCCAUGGUGCAUCAGAUAGCAGUGAAGGAAAGGGCUCCAGGCAGGUGAAAGGGGCCACUCUGAUCCUGAAGCAGUUUCAUGCGCUGCUGGUGAAGAGGUUUCACCACGCCAUAAGAAGCCAGAAAGAGUUCCUGGCACAGAUCGUCCUUCCUGCCAGUUUUGUCCUAAUAGCUCUGAUAUUCACCACGAUCGUCCCUCCGUUUGGAGAGUAUCCAAGUCUGACUCUGACCCCCUGGAUGUACGGACAGCAAUUCACCUUCUUCAGUAACGAGCAACCAUUUGACCCCACAAUGAAACGCUUCACAGAGCGCUUACUGAGCAGACCAGGCCUGGGGACACGCUGUAUGGAAGGAGAAUCACUAGGAAUGCCCUGUAGUAACAGCACAUCAGAGUGGCAGGAUCCUGACGUCUCUCCUCUAGUCAGCAACAUCUUACAGAGUCCUGAGUGGAACCAGAGGAACCCGUCUCCUUCCUGCCAGUGCAGCUCCAGUAAGAAGCUUACCAUGAUGCCCAUCUGUCCCAUCGGAGCAGGCGGCCUGCCACCUCGCCAGCGGACCGAGGCCACGGGAGACACAAUGCUGAACCUGACGGACAGGAACAUCUCUGACUACCUGGUUAAAACCUACCCCAGUAUCAUCAGAGCCAGUUUGAAGAGCAAAUACUGGGUGAAUGAACAAAGAUAUGGCGGCCUGUCGGUUGGAGGACAGCUUCCCAUCCUGGACGUCAAACCCAAAGACAUUCAGAAUGUUUUCCACCAACUGGGAAGAAUGCUCAACAUCACAGCGGGUUACUAUUCUGGACUUGCACUCAGGGAAAUUGGUCCUUUCUUACGAUACAUGGAAAGUGAAUUCAAUAUAAAGGUUUGGUAUAAUAACAAAGGCUGGCACGCUAUGGUGGCCUUCAUGAAUGUGGCCAAUAACGCCAUUCUGCGGGCCUUCCUGCCUCCGUCUGCCAAACCUGUCGAUUUUGGCAUCACCGCCGUCAACCACCCUCUGAACCUCACCAAAGAGCAGCUUUCCGAAGUCACAGUGUUGACCACUUCAGUAGACGCUGUGGUGGCAAUCUGCGUCAUUUUCGCCAUGUCCUUCAUCCCUGCCAGCUUCGUCCUCUACCUCAUCCAGGAGCGUGUGACCAAGGCCAAGCACCUACAGUUUGUCAGUGGGGUCAGCCCUUUAGUGUACUGGGUGGCCAACUUCUUCUGGGACAUGGUUAACUACAGUCUCAGCACUGCAUUGGUGGUUGGCAUUUUCAUGGCUUUUGACAAAAAGUGUUACACAUCACCAUCCAACCUGCCAGCACUAAUAGCACUGCUUCUACUAUAUGGGUGGUCAGUGACGCCCAUGAUGUAUCCCAUGUCCUACUUAUUCAACAUCCCAAGUACUGCAUAUGUGUCCCUGUCCUGCAUCAACCUGUUCAUAGGCAUCAACAGCAGCGCUAUCACCUUCAUCCUGGAGCUUUUUGAAAACAAUCGGUCCUUAUUGAUGUUCAAUGAGUGGCUAAAGAAAUGCCUGCUGGUGCUCCCUCACUUCUGCCUGGGGCGAGGACUGAUAGACAUGGCCAUGAACCAGGCUGUUACUGAUGUUUAUGCCAGAUUUGGUGAAGAGUACACACAAGACCCUUUCCGGUGGGACUUUGUGGGGAAAAAUGUUGCUUUCAUGGCAGUGGAAGGCUUAGUCUACUUCAUUAUCAAUCUUCUGAUCCAGUAUCGUUUCUUCUUGGACCACUGGUUAUCAGACAAAAACCAGACUCCAAUACAAGAUGAGGAUGAUGACGUGGCAGCAGAGAGGCGAAGAAUUUAUGACGGAGGGAGCAAGACAGACAUCCUGCAGCUCAGAGACCUCUCUAAGACGUAUGUGGGCAGGAAGAGGGCAGCUGUGGACCGGAUUUGCGUUGGUGUCCCUGCAGGAGAGUGCUUCGGCCUCUUGGGAGUUAAUGGAGCUGGAAAGACGACGACCUUCAAAAUGCUGACUGGUGACACUGAUGUCACCUCUGGGGAGGCUACUGUGGUUGGUUACAGCAUCCUGAAUGAGAUUCUGGACGUGCACCAGAACAUGGGCUACUGCCCUCAAUUUGAUGCCAUCGACGAGCUCCUAACCGGCAGGGAGCAUCUGUACCUCUACGCUCGUCUCAGAGGGGUACCUGAGUCAGAGAUCCGCAGAGUGGCAGAGUGGGGCAUCCAGAAGCUGGGUCUGACAGAGUAUGCCAGCCGCUGUGCAGGGACCUACAGUGGAGGCAACAAGCGCAAACUCUCCACAGCCAUCGCCAUGAUUGGUUGCCCAGCGCUGGUGCUUCUGGAUGAGCCCACGACAGGGAUGGACCCCCACUCCCGGCGCUUCCUGUGGAAUGCCAUCAUGAGUGUCAUUCAAGACGGCAGGGCUGUGGUGCUAACAUCACACAGUAUGGAGGAGUGUGAAGCCCUCUGCACUCGACUGGCCAUCAUGGUCAAUGGGACCUUCAAGUGUCUGGGUACCAUCCAGCAUCUCAAAUACAAAUUUGGUGACGGCUACGUCGUGACUAUGAAAAUCAAGGCAGCUAAACCGGGCUUGUCCCCAGAUCUGGAGCCUGUCGAGAGCUUCAUCGAGAGCUCUUUCCCCGGCUGUGUUCAGAGGGAGAAGCACUACAACACGCUGCAGUAUGAGAUAGCCGCCUCCUCCCUUGCCAGAAUAUUUCAGCUGGUGGUGGCCAAUAAAGAAAGGCUCAGCAUCGAAGACUACUCUGUUUCCCAGACAACACUGGACCAGGUGUUUGUCAACUUUGCCAAGCAACAGACGGGAGAGGAUGAGGACAUUACAUUACACAGACGAACAGCAGGUGGAAGAAAAGACAUCAAGAUCUCGCCAGUGCAGAGGAAAACUUGAGAAUGUCACCUGUGAAUGUACAGAAACACAGAUGUAAAGGUGUUACUUUUUGGGGAAGCAAUAUACCUUUCCACAUUCCACAAAUUCAAAAGCCACCUUUAAUAUUUUACUAGCCAAAUUGCUUUUUAGAGUUGAGACGAGCCUGGCCAGUUACCUGCCAAAGUGACUGCUAGAACAGUUCGUUUUUACAGCCACAGACAAACUUUACAAGCCUUUGGCUGCAAACACAGAGGUAAUCUUCCUCACUAUUAUAAAAAACAAGCAUGUCUGGCACAAGACUUCAAAUCAUGUGUAUUAACAGCAGAAACCGAUGCAAAAACAAAAUACAUGGGAAAGAACAAUUUUUGCCUGGAUUGACUGGCUUGUAUAAAUGUGUAUAUAUUUGUGUAACGAACACUUAAGCACCUUAGAAGCAGUAUUUUUUAAUGGUUACAUUAAAUGCACACACCUCAAUUUUUGUGACAUAUGUAAACAAAUUUAAUUUAACAUUGGUUAUCUGUUUUUCCAAUACACAUUUACUAUCGUUUCCAUCCUUUUACUGAAGUAUUCUUUGUCUGCUGUAUUUCAUACAUUGCCAUGUUAUGUUGUUCUCCAGUGUCACUACAAAAAUAGCACAAACUAUUCCUCUUGAAGGAUUACAUUUAAGGGAAACAAAGGUAGUUAGAUUAAUAUAGCUGUUGAUGGAGGAAUUAUAUUUUGUAUCUGACCAAAGAAAACUUUAACAUGCUUUAUACUUUAUGCUCUGCGCUCUCGUGACUAGCUGAUUUGUACUGCAUCAUGAGUCCCAAAUAAAACUCUCCAAAGUUUCAUAA